UGCUGUUGUGCGGCCCGCCACACGUGGAGUCUUCUGCACUUGGCGACGCCCACGUCGACAGUACCAGUUUCAGCGAUGGCCAUGAACGGGGGGUCGGGACGUGACACACUGAGCAAGGUAGAGAGGACGGCGGUGGCAGCGGCCGUGAACGCCAUCCUCUUCCAGUGUCAAUUGCAGAGAAGCGAGAGGAAGAUGAGAGCGGCCAUUCGCGCACGGUGGAAGAGGACGCUGCAGUCCACGAAUGUGGAGGGAGAGGACAGUGGUGCCAUUUGCGAUGCCGUGCUGCAGGUGUGCUACGCCAUGGGGUGUGGAGCAUUCCCCAGAGCGACGCCCAGGAGGUGGAUGAAGCGACGGAUAGGCGGGACGUGGGAGGAUCUUCGUCAAUGCGACGACGCGACGGCGAACUACUUCAAGGACAAGUUGCGCAUGUCGCCACGUGUGUUCCGAGAGAUCACGGAAGCUUUGUCUCCCUUCCUUGAACGGCGUGUCACUUUCUAUAGGGAGCCCCUCCAGCCUGACCACAUUGUCGCGUACGCUUUGUACAGGUGGGCGUCGGGGGAGACGUACGAGAGCGGGACAUGCAGCUUCGACAUUGGCAGAUCUUCCGGGGUGGUGGCUGUGCGGGAUGUAACUGCGGCGUUGCUGAGUGCGUACCCCGACAAGAUAUCCUGGCCAACGGGGCUGCAGAAGGCGGUCGCCUUGCACGCUUUCGCUGACAAGGGUUUCCCUAACUGCCAUGGGUGCAUUGACUGCACCCACAUCUUCAUCGACACGCCAUCGAAUUGCCCCGGGGAGGACUACUACGAUAGAAAACGCCGUUUCUCUGUCCAGGCGCAGGUCGUCGUCGAUUUGAACUUGCGCGUGCUGGAUGUGUUCGUCGGUUAUCCGAGAAGUUGCCACGACGUCAGAAUCGUCCACCUGUCCAGUUUAUGGCCACGCGCGGAGGCAAGGGAGCUUUUCACUGGGCCACCUGUUAUGCUGCCUUUCGGUGUGCGGAUGAACGACUAUCUGCUGGGGGACAACGGUUAUCCGCCCUUCGAAUGGGUAGUCGUUCCCUAUGGCGGUCUCUCACAAACCCCGUCGGAGUUGCGCUUCGACAACAAGCAGAAGACGGCGAGGGGAGCAGUUGAGAGGGCUUUCGGCAGACUUAAGGGGAUGUGGAGGUUGUUCCUUCGCUCCCACAAGAUGAACAUGGAGAUGUUUCCACAACAGUUCAUCGCCGUCUGCAUUCUGCACAACAUACUUAUCGACGCGGGCAUCCCCUUCGACGACAAUCUAUUGUGGGAGGUCAGGCCGGACGGUGUGCGUCGCAGGGUGGAUCUUGGGAUGCAACGGGCCUUGAGGCCGAUGUGUAUGGAAUCGUCAACGGGGGAUGCGCUCAUUCUGCGGGACGCACUAGCGGAGAGAAUGGGUGUGUAGUGAACACGGCCGGGCGUGCGGAGCAG